AUGGCUCCCAGGAAGAAGAACAAUACCGUUCAUACCAAAUCUAAUCCAGAGCCCGUUGUAACUGGCAAGAAAAGACUGAAGAAGAACGGGAAAACCGUUUCAGCUUCUGAUGAGAAGACCUCGCAAGUGGAAACUCCCACCCCAAAGAAAAAGGAAGACGAAAAACUAGCGGCUAAUGACGAAUCUACCCCUACUCCUCCUGUAGUUAAGAAGAAGCCCUGCACGUGGCUCAAACUCGACCGUCUCAACUCGCCAGCUGUGAACAAAUCAUCACUUCAGAGCUGUAAACAUGACCAGGAAGCAAAACCAAAACCGAGUCCCCAAUCUCAGGCCUCGAGAGACAACAAUAAGAGAGCCAGAGAAGAAAGCGGUGAAGAAGAAAAGAAAAGGAAAAAUAAUGUGGAGUUUAGUUUCGGGAAGAAAAAAGAAAAACAAACGUCAAACGAGACGCGUGAUAAUGAUGAUGAUGAGGAUGACGAUUCUAGUAAAGGCCUUGGUGGAUUGAUUUUUAUGUGCAAUGCGAAAACCAAACCCGAUUGUUUUGGGUAUAAGUUGAUGGGUGUGCCCUUGAAGCAGAAAGAGGUUGUGAUGGGCAUUAAGCCUGGCCUCAUACUUUUCCUCUACGAUUAUGACCUCAAAGUCUUGUAUGGGGUCUUUGAGGCUUCAUCUCCAGGUGGAAAAUUCAAAUCAAAAUGGGGAGUUUCGCCUUCAGACGUUUUCUACCAUUUUGGCACGAGCGGCAUUUCUGUUGCUACUGCGACAGGCGUCACUCAUCCUUUAGACGUUCUCAAAGUGAGACUUCAAAUGCAACUCGUCGGCCAAAGAGGUCCGUUAAUCGGCAUGGGGAAACUCUCUAUGCAAAUCGUGAAAAAUGAAGGGCUAAAGUCCUUGUAUCUAGGAUUGACUCCUUCAUUAAUAAGGUCAGUUCUCUAUGGAGGUCUUCGUUUAGGAUUAUACGAACCUUCGAAAUAUGUCUGUGAAUUGGCUUUUGAGUCGACCAAUGUCUUGAUGAAGAUUGCAUCUGGAGCCUUUUCAGGCGCAUUUGCCACUGCGUUGACCAAUCCGGUGGAGGUUUUGAAGGUUCUGCAAACAGAAGGUCCUCGGGGUUUAUACAAAGGAGGCUUAGCAAUUUUCGCAAGAUUGGGUCCCCAAACAGCGAUUACCUUCAUAGUCUGCGAGAAGCUACGUGAGCUUGCAGGUUUGAAGGCACUAUAAAGCUAAGACACAUCUCUUUGUUUUCUCAUUAAUUUUUCAUUCAAAAUCAUUAAUUUUUUUUUCUUCCGAGUUCCAACCUCCUGAAAGUAGUAAGAGAAACCCGUCCAAAGCAUUUGGAGUUAUAUCCGAGACGUGAUAAAAUUGGAACAAUACAGAGAAGAUUAGCAAUAAACGCGUAAUGGGUAAAGGUCCUUUGGUUUUACAUAUAUUAUGGCAUAAAAUGUCUCCAGACUCCAUGAUUCCUGUUUUUGACUGAUGGUAGGGGCUAUUUUGUAGGGCACUGUAAUUAUGGGGACCAAAUUUUAAUUUUUUAGACAUGUAUUAACUGUAAAAAUAGUGACAAUUGACUUGUUUCAUGAUGAUGAUGGUUUUUAACUUUUU